CCAGUGGGCGAAAUAAGCAUUUCGCUUUUGCUUGCUUGCUUGCUGGGUGGGCGGAAAAAACAAACACUACGCUGAUAAGAUAACCUUCUCUUUGUACACCCAAACUUCCACCAACCGCCACCAUAAUAACCUCUACAAUUUCUUCAGUUGCACUUCUCAAGCUAGGCCGUUUUCUGUGAUGGGUACUCCUUUGCCUCGUGAAUGGCUCGGCCUUCAACAAUUCCCCGCUGCUACACAAACGAAAUUGUUCGAGUUGUUGGGAAAAUUGAAGCAAGAGAAUGUCAACACUUUGACUAUCGUUGUUAUGGGCAAAGGCGGUGUAGGGAAGUCUUCCACUAUCAAUUCUCUCAUUGGAGAGCAAGUUGUUCGAGUCACUGCUUUCCAGUCCGAGGGGCUGAGACCCGUGAUGGUUUCACGCUCAUGGGCUGGGUUUACAUUGAAUGUAAUUGAUACGCCCGGACUCGUGGAGGCUGGAUAUGUCAAUCACCAAGCUCUUGAGUUGAUCAAAGGGUUUCUUUUGAAUAAGACCAUAGAUGUUCUACUUUAUGUUGACCGCCUAGAUGUAUAUAGAGUGGACAACUUGGAUAAGCAGAUCAUUAGGGCUAUCACCAACAGUUUUGGAAAGGAAAUUUGGCGGAAAAGUUUGCUUGUACUCACUCAUGCACAGCUUUGUCCACCAGAUGGACUGAAUUAUGAUGUGUUUUCCUCUAAAAGAUCAGAGGGUGUGCUAAAGGCUAUUCGUAUGGGAGCUCGGAUUAGGAAAAUGGAUCUUGAGGAUUCUGUCAUUCCUGUUGUUCUGGUUGAAAACACUGGGAGAUGUAAUAAAAAUGACAUAGACGAAAAGAUUCUUCCCAAUGGAGAAGCUUGGGUUCCAAACUUGGUAAAAGCCAUCACAGGUGUUGCAACAAAUAAGAGUCGAGCAAUUGUAGUUAGCAAGAAGUUGGUUGAUGGGUCUGACGCAAACGACAAGGGAAAAUUAUGGAUACCUGUUAUUCUUGGGGUUCAGUGGUUGGUUCUCAAAUGGAUUCAAGGAGCAAUAAAGAAGGAUAUUGCAACUGGCAGUGGACCUCUAUGAAUGGGAUAUCUGGCAAGUCCCAAGUUUCUAUUUGAGUCUGGUUAGAGAUUCAUUAUCAUAUUAGCUUUUGCUUUACUCUCAAGGUUUAUUCUUCUUAAACUCAAGUUCAUUUUGGUUUGUUGAGUAUGCGUAUGCUUUGGCAGACAUUAUCGGUAUGGAAUGUUGUUGAGUUGUUUGUAGGAUUAGAACUUAGUUUCAGCCGAUUCUUCUGGUUUUUGUUUUCUUGAACUACCUACCUACCUAUAUAUAUAUUGAUGUUUUCAUGCA